AUACAAAGGCGAUGGACGGAUUUAGUGAGGGUUUGAUGACUUCAUUGACUUGGAUGCAUAUUACACAAUAGUAGUUAAACUGAAAGGAGAUGUGAGGUGCUACAUCUCUACUGAUGGUAGGAGUGACACAUUCAUCAUUGGAGUUAAACAAUUCCUCGUAUCCCACUUGGAUCUUCCUUGCAUAGUGGAAUCUUACAAAACUUAUGAUGAAAACGUCCUGAUAAAAACUAUGAAAGGUUUAGAGUAGAAAAGAGCAGACAUCUUGAGACAGAUAAAAGAAGCCGAAGUCUUGUUUUCUCCCUUUCUCUUGUUGAAAUGGCAGGAGGUCAAAGAAGGCGCUCCCGCACCGGAAAGAACGUCACUUCCUCCUCGGCUCCUCCUCCACCACCGGCGCACAAGUACCUCGAUGGGUCAUUCCUUUGGUUCAAUGACCGCGUAGAGGCGACGCGGUUCUCAAAGAAGUUUGAGCACAAGGAAAUUGUUCCUCCCCGGUUCUCCACCGCCCGCUUCAUUCAUGAUUCCAUCCCACGCGAGGCACGAAUUAUCCUCGAGCGUGGAAACUUCCUCGACCUCCUCUACAUCAAGAAGGCUCACUAUCAACCCUUUCUCGUUCGAGCUUUCUACUCGAAUUUGACAAAGGAUGAGGACGGAGCGUUGAUUUCAAACGUCAACGGGGUGGAUAUCUAUUUGAAUGAGGAAAACAUUCAAAUUCUCACAGGGCUUCGUCGGAAUGGACAACAUCUCGGCCUCUAUGCCAGAGAAGAAGGAGCGCGAUUCAACGAGACUGCACUCUUGGAGGAAGUGGGCAUCAGAAACUUCGUCCCCACUCCCCAACAGUGGCGCCCUACGAUUACUUCCAUGAGUCCCGUGUUUCGCUUCAUUUUUUAUGUUUUGACACGAAUUCUCAAGCCAAGGAAGUUCAAUCACACCGCUCUCUCCCAAGAGGACACGAAGACGCUUCAUGCGAUGAUUCACAACGCCAACAUUAAUUGGUGUAAAUUUGUGAUGACUCACAUGUUUAGCGCCACCUCCGACGAUCGGCCGCUCCCCUACACCCUCCUCGUCAUGGCGAUUCUUGAUGAGUACAACAUCAAGACCGACGUUGGGCCUAAGAUAAAGGGGACAAAGCAUUGGGAGAUUGAUGAAUCCUCCUUCCACUAGGGCACCGACAGCCUCGUCCACGACGUCAACCAAGGGAUGCUUCUUCAACCACCCCUUCUCUUGCCGAGCAAAUGGCCGCCUUGACCGCCACUCUUUCUCGGAUAGACACCAACGUCUCCCAAACGGCCCAAAACGUCAAGAUUUUGAGCCGUGAGCUCCACGGGUAUUUUGACUUUGUCAACUACCCUUACGCUCAAAUGG